AUGGCAUCCUUCGCGGGGAGUAUGAGCAAACUUCUAGAGGCCAAUCCUACCGUCUACAAGCCUUUGAGGAUAUUGGGUGUUCUCUCUAAAUUCACCUUGGAAGCGAUUUAUGCUCUUUUACGCCAUGAAUUGAGGGAACCUCCUUAUGCCGAAUGGGCUGCUUCCUUCUUCCCAGAUAAUGAUUCGAUUAAGAGAUACAAGAUUGACGAGAUGCUUGAUGAGCUCUAUAAAGCCAAGCUUGUGCGACGUGACCACCAGUCCAAUCAGUCGUUCGAGCUGAACGAUUCGUUUCAGCUGAACAAACCUCUAAAGAUGAACGAUCCUCUUUCUGUUAGUGCAGAAGUUCAUCAAUGGGUUCGCGAUCUUCCAAUUUCCGAGCGAGUCAAGCUGGCUGGGCAAGCCAUCGGCACCAUUUCGCAGUUAAUCGGUCACGUCGAUCCGCAAUACUUGUAUCCUCAGAUGAAGAGUACAUGGCUUUAUGCAGACCUUGCUCCCUCCAGCCGUGAUAAUAUCGGGUUCGAGGAUCUCGAUAAAUGGUUCAACGUCUUUCACAUCGCCGACGACUUCGAGCUUGUGGAUAGCAUUUCGAUGGUCAUUUUCGAGAGAUACAAUCAACGGAAGCCCGAAGAAAAGAAAGAACGGGAAAGGUUUUCUUCGAGCGGAAAGCUAUACCGGGUGCUCGCGAUGUGGGGAUGUUACUUAUGGAGGGAAGACAAGUAUGAGUCGGCCUGGCUUACCCUAGAUGAAGCAGUCAAAGAAGCGGAUAUCCUUCUCGCCUCCGUUCAGCACAACAGGCUUCCUUACUAUCUGAUGUUCAAAUAUGCCCGUGAGAGUCGUCGUGGCAUAAACGCGGAUAUCUCAAUGCUCAACGAUGCACUCACUUCGAUGAGCCUUUGA